GGCUCUCCCGUCUGGGAGGCAGGCCGGGGCGGGCGCGUGAGUGCCAGCUCUGGGGCUGCCCCCGCAGCCGUGUCACCUUGAACAAAUCGUUUCUCCUCUUGGGUCUCGGUUUCCUCCAGUGCGAAACGUGGUGGAGGCAUCUGAGGGGCCCUGGGAGCCCCCAGGUCUCUCUCAGAGGCCUCCUCUGGGUCCCAUGGGACCCCGUGGCUGUCCCGAGAGGCCGGAGGGUCCCGAGCCCCGCGGCCGAGGCCCUGGGGGACCCUUUCCAAACAAGUGCCGGUCUCUGACGGGCUGCGCUUGGCUCGCCUGCGUUUCUUUGCUUUCUUCCUCUUUUUUUCGUUCCUGGAUGAAGCUGCUGCCAGCUCCGAGGGAAGGAGGGAAGGGGAGCGCGCCGCAGCGUAGAAAGUUUCCUUGACUCCUCCUCCGGCUGUGUCUCCCUCCCUUGCCAAGCCCAGCCUGUGAAACUGAAUAACGAAGAUCACUCAACAAUGCCUGCCCCUCUCUGACUGCACCGUCCCGGCGCUCCCACCGCUGCCGCCGCCCAGCAGAGCGCGCGGGGCGGUCCCCACCGACGGCGUAGCCCCCCGGGACCGGGAGGGAGCAGCGGCGGCCACCGCGCCCGCGCGCCCGCCCGCCCGCCCGCCAGGUGCCCCAGCCGCCCGGCCGCCGAGAUGCCCAGCCCGCCCGGGCUCCGGGCGCUGUGGCUCUGCGCCGCGCUGUGCGCCUCCCGGAGCGCCCCCCAGCCCGGCCCGGGUCCCGCCGCCUGCCCGGCCCCCUGCCACUGCCAGGAGGAUGGCAUCAUGCUGUCGGCCGACUGCUCUGAGCUCGGGCUGUCCGCCGUACCGGGGGACCUGGACCCCCUGACGGCUUACCUGGACCUCAGCAUGAACAACCUCACAGAGCUUCAGCCUGGCCUCUUCCACCGCCUGCGCUUCCUGGAGGAGCUGCGUCUCUCUGGGAACCAUCUCUCACACAUCCCGGGACAAGCAUUCUCUGGUCUCUACAGCCUGAAAAUCCUGAUGCUGCAGAACAACCAGCUGGGAGGAAUUCCUGCAGAGGCGCUGUGGGAGCUGCCAAGCCUGCAGUCGCUGCGCCUAGAUGCCAACCUCAUCUCCCUGGUCCCGGAGAGGAGCUUUGAGGGGCUGUCCUCCCUCCGCCACCUCUGGCUGGACGACAAUGUACUCACGGAGAUCCCUGUCAGGGCCCUCAACAACCUCCCUGCCCUGCAGGCCAUGACCCUGGCCCUCAACCACAUCAGCCACAUCCCUGACUACGCCUUCCAGAACCUCACCAGCCUUGUGGUGCUGCAUUUGCAUAACAACCGCAUCCAGCAUCUGGGGACCCACAGCUUCGAGGGGCUGCACAAUCUGGAGACACUAGACCUGAAUUAUAACGAGCUGCAGGAGUUCCCCAUGGCCAUCCGGACCCUGGGCAGACUGCAGGAACUGGGCUUUCAUAACAACAACAUCAAGGCCAUCCCAGAAAAGGCCUUCAUGGGGAACCCUCUGCUACAGACGAUACACUUUUAUGACAACCCAAUCCAGUCUGUGGGAAGAUCGGCAUUCCAGUACCUGCCUAAACUCCACACGCUAUCUCUGAAUGGUGCCACAGACAUCCAGGAGUUUCCAGAUCUCAAAGGCACCACCAGCCUGGAGAUCCUGACCCUGACCCGUGCAGGCAUCCGGCUGCUCCCAUCGGGGAUGUGCCAACAGCUGCCCAGGCUCCGAGUCCUGGAACUGUCUCACAAUCAAAUUGAGGAGCUGCCCAGCCUGCACAGGUGUCAGAAGUUGGAGGAAAUCGGCCUCCAACACAACCGCAUCUGGGAAAUUGGAGCUGACACCUUCAGCCAGCUGAGCUCCCUGCAAGCCCUGGAUCUCAGCUGGAAUGCCAUCCGGUCCAUCCACCCCGAGGCCUUCUCCACCCUGCGCUCCCUGGUCAAGCUGGACCUGACAGACAACCAGCUGACCACACUGCCCCUGGCUGGACUUGGGGGCUUGAUGCAUCUGAAGCUCAAAGGGAACCUGGCUCUCUCCCAGGCCUUCUCCAAGGACAGUUUCCCAAAACUGAGGAUCCUGGAGGUGCCUUAUGCCUACCAGUGCUGUCCCUAUGGGAUGUGUGCCAGCUUCUUCAAGGCCUCUGGGCAGUGGGAGGCUGAGGACCUUCACCUCGAUGAUGAGGAGUCUUCAAAAAGGCCCCUGGGCCUCCUUGCCAGACAAGCAGAGAAUCACUACAGAAGCCCCGCAGAGGUGGAAGAAGCUGCCUGUGACCUGGGAGGAAACUCUACCUCUGUUUACACUUCGUCUCUCCAAGACUCCACCCAGAGGCGUUUGGGACAAAAAAAUGAUGAUGACCUGGACCUGGAUGAGCUCCAGCUGGAGAUGGAGGACUCAAAGCCGCACCCCAGUGUCCAGUGUAGCCCUACUCCAGGCCCCUUCAAGCCCUGCGAGCACCUCUUUGAAAGCUGGGGCAUCCGCCUGGCCGUGUGGGCCAUCGUGUUGCUCUCGGUGCUCUGCAACGGACUGGUGCUGCUGACCGUGUUCGUCGGCGCGCCUGUCCCCCUGCCCCCGGUCAAGUUCGUGGUAGGUGCAAUUGCAGGCGCCAACACCUUGACUGGCAUCUCCUGCGGCCUUCUCGCCUCGGUCGAUGCCCUGACCUUUGGCCAGUUCUCUGAGUACGGCGCCCGCUGGGAGACGGGGCUGGGCUGCCGGGCCACGGGCUUCCUGGCGGUCCUGGGGUCCGAGGCGUCGGUGCUGCUGCUCACCCUGGCCGCGGUGCAGUGCAGCGUCUCCGUGUCCUGCGUCCGCGCCUACGGGAAGUCCCCCUCCCCGGGCAGCGUCCGAGCGGGGGUCCUGGGCUGCCUGGCGCUGGCCGCGCUGGCCGCCGCGCUGCCGCUGGCCUCCGUGGGCGAGUACGGGGCCUCCCCGCUCUGCCUGCCCUACGCGCCGCCGGAGGGCCAGCCCGCAGCGCUGGGCUUCGCGGUGGCCCUGGUCAUGAUGAACUCCUUCUGCUUCCUGGUCGUGGCCGGCGCCUACAUCAAACUCUACUGCGACCUGCCGCGGGGCGACUUCGAGGCCGUGUGGGACUGCGCCAUGGUGAGGCACGUGGCCUGGCUCAUCUUCGCAGACGGGCUCCUCUACUGUCCCGUGGCCUUCCUCAGCUUCGCCUCCAUGCUGGGCCUCUUCCCGGUCACGCCCGAGGCCGUCAAGUCCGUGCUGCUGGUGGUGCUGCCCCUGCCCGCCUGCCUCAACCCGCUGCUCUACCUGCUCUUCAACCCCCACUUCCGCGACGACCUUCGGAGGCUCCGGCCCCGCGCGGGGGCCCCAGGGCCCCUCGCCUUCGCCGCAGCCGGGGAGCUGGAGAAGAGCUCCUGCGACUCAACCCAGGCCCUGGUGGCCUUCUCCGAUGUGGAUCUCAUUCUGGAAGCUUCUGAGGCUGGGCGGCCCCCUGGGCUGGAAACGUAUGGCUUCCCCUCAGUGACCCUCAUCUCCUGUCAGCAGCCAGGGGCCCCCAGGCUGGAGGGCAGCCACGGUGUAGAGCCCGAGGGGAACCACUUUGGGAACCCCCGAUCUUCCAUGGAUGGAGAACUGCUGCUGAGGGCAGAGGGGGCCAAGCCAGCAGCGGGAGGCUCGUCAGGGCUUGGCGGCUUUCGGCCCUCUGGCUCGGCCUUUGCUUCACACGUGUAAAAUGUCCCUUCCCAUUCUUCUCUCCCCCGUCUUCCCUUUCCUCUCUCCCCCUCGGUGAAUGAUGGCUGCUUCUGAAAUAAAUACAACCAAAACUCAGCAGUGUGAUCCGUAGCAGGAUGGCCCAGUCCCUGGCUCCACUGAUCGCCUCUCUCCUGUGACCGUCACCAUGAGUGCUGCUUGGCCUGGCUUUUGCUUGGCUUUCCUCAGCGUCACCUUCACGCCUUGUCAUAUCUGAAGCUGUGAGCCAGAGACCUGGACGUUUGUCCGCUUAAGAGAAAUGAGGGAAGUAAAGAGAGUGAAGGGGUUGAUCAGGGCACAGUGGACAGGGAGACCUCACAGAGAAAGGCCCGGAAGGUGAUUUCCCAUGUGACUCAUGGAUAGGAUACAAUGUGUUCUGUGUGCCAUUAAUCUUGACAUAUGCCAUGCAUAAAGACUUCCUAUUAAAAUAAGCUUUGGAAGACAUUACACGUGAUGUCUUUUUCUUAGAGAUUCGCAGUGCAUGAUACUGUAAUAAAGGUCUUGAGAAGUCCU